GAAUUUAACACCUCCUUCCUUUCCUUUACGUUGUUCGGUGUGGACCUACUUGCUCUGGAGUAAGAAAAAUAAAAAUGGUAUCAACUCAAUAAAACCUCUGACACAAACAUUUGGAGUCCCAUUUUUGGCUGCAGAUGAUAAUAAUUCAGAACAAAUAAUACACUCUACUUUAUUACGGUUCAUGAGACACUCGUCACCUUCUCCUAUAGUGUCUGAUGAUGACUUCAAGGAGUAUCUAAACUUAGUAACGCUGAAGGAAGUAAGCAUUAGUGCUGCCGCAAGCCAAUUAAUUCAAAAGUAUUUUGUAGCGAGUCGAAGAGCACAACCAGAGCGAUUGCCUGUCAAUGCUGUUGGUAUUAUUACUUCACUUUCAGAAGCUUAUGCACGUUUAACUUUGAAAGACGAAGUAACCCCCGAACACGUUAUUGCAGUUUUGCAACUUUACGAGGAAUCUCUUUGCUACUUACAUGGAGUUAGUGUUAUAAAUGCUCCUCCUCCUGUUGUGUUAUCCUCUGGAAUAUUUACACCGCAG